AUAAUUUUAUAAUGCCACCAGUUGCUAUUAAGCCAUGUGAAUCAACCCUAAGAUUGCCGUUUGAGACGCCACGCUUAGCCGAAAUCGCCUAUCGUGUCUUGAGUGUUGACAAGGAGCCUCGCCGAAAUUUUGUCCAGAAAACGCUGAGCUUGGAAAGGGACGUUGUGGUGGUGCAUUUCUGUGCGGACCAAGUGAAAAAUCUACGCACGGCCAUUAGUUCGUUCUUCGAGGCGCUACUGCUCUGCCAGGACACCAUCAAGCAGUUUGGGGAUCCAACAGCAGCGGAACCAGAGGCGCCACAGCAAGACAAUGCCGGAGCACAGUCCAGCUCCGACUCCGCAUAGAGCCAUCUAUGG